GCUUGCGCCGUGCGCGCGUACCGCGGUACCACCGGGGCGCACAGCGUCAAUAAUAUCAAUACCGUUCGUGGUGGUGGCGGUCGCCUUUGCGAACUUUAUCGUUUUUGUGAGCGCGCGUCGCGUAUACAACGGCGCAACUACACGUACUACGAUGCCGUGAUCGGCGACGCGGUGAGAAGGACGCGGCGGUUUCUUCUUAAAGUGCAACGUUUUCACGGUGCGUGAGAGAGACCUUACCACGACGACGCAAUCUUAUACGGGCGGGGCGGGCGAACGAACGAACGUACGAACGAACGAACUUUCGCCUUCUCUCUUUCUCUCUCUCGCUCGCUUGCUAGCUCUCUCUCUCUCUUUUUUCUAUGUAUAACUCUUUGUUGCGUACAUGUGUGCGUAUGCUGCGUGCUCAGUGAACGCUGCGGGGGGGGACGACGACGAGUUUGAGUUAUAAAAAAAAAGUGCAAGUACUGGACGCGGGCGUGGGUAACAUAUCGACGGUGUGUUUGUCGAGCGCAAAACGCAACCGCGUAACGAGCCGUGGGGGGAACGACAGCCUGCCGAGCUUUUACAUGAAGGAGCAGGACAUACCCGAGUAUCUGGAGGGUUGUGGCCUGACCACCUGCACGACCGCCGAUAUGCCCGAGGAGCUGGACAUGCUGCGCGACAACAAAGAACAGUCAGGCAACAAGGAGAGGAAGCUGCUGGUCACCUCCAUCUGCGGCAGCGGCGGUGGAGGUGCUGGAAGCGGCGGAGGCGGAGGAGGCGGCGGCAGUGGUAGUACCGACAUCAAGAAGAUCGUGACCGUGAAGCAUCCGGAGUCGAACAAGCCGAAGCCGACGACGAAGAAGGGCAAGCCGAUUCAGGCCGACCUGGACGUGGCGAAGGCGUUCGUCCGUUGCCGGGACGAAUGCAUGAGGCGGCUGGAUCUCAGCAAGGCGAGCAUCACGAAUCUACCGAGCUCCGUGCGGGAGCUCACUCACCUGACCGAGUUCUACCUGUACGGCAACAAGCUGGCGAGCCUGCCGCCGGAAAUCGGCUGCCUGGCCAAUCUGGAGACCCUGGCGCUGAACGAGAACUCACUGACCAGCCUGCCGAACACCCUGGAGAACCUCAAGUCCCUGCGCGUGCUGGAUCUCAGGCACAACAAGAUGAACGAGAUUCCGGACGUGGUGUACAAACUGACGUCGCUCACCACACUCUAUAUGCGCUUCAAUCGGGUGAGAUACGUCAGCGACAACAUUCGCAACCUGACGAAUCUGACGAUGCUGAGCCUGCGGGAGAACAAGAUCAAGGAGCUGCCGGCCGGCAUCGGGGAUCUCGUGAAUCUGCUCACCUUCGACGUCUCUCACAAUCACCUGGAGCAUCUGCCCGAGGAGAUCGGCAAGUGCGUGCAGCUGUCGUCGUUGGAUCUCCAGCACAACGACCUCCUGGACAUACCCGACACGAUCGGCAACCUCGUGUCGUUGACGCGGCUCGGUCUCCGUUACAACGGGCUGUCGUGUAUCCCGAAGUCGCUGGCCAACUGCAAGAUGAUGGACGAGUUCAGCGUGGAGAGCAAUCACGUGUCGCACCUGCCGGACGGUCUGCUCUCCAGCCUGUCGAAUCUGACGACGAUCACCCUCUCCAGGAACAACUUCACCGCGUAUCCGUCGGGCGGUCCGUCGCAAUUCACCAACGUCUACUCCAUCAACAUGGAGCAGAAUCAGAUCGACAAGAUACCCUACGGGAUCUUCUCCCGCGCGAAGAACCUCACGAAGCUGAACAUGAAGGAGAAUCAGCUGACGGCGCUGCCGCUGGACAUCGGCACCUGGCACAACAUGGUCGAGCUGAAUCUCGGCUCGAAUCAGCUCAGCAAGAUCCCGGACGACAUCCAGUGCCUGCAGAACCUCGAGGUGCUGAUCCUGUCGAACAAUCUGCUGAAGCGGGUGCCGCCGAGCGUGGGUAACUUGCGCAAGCUGCGCUUACUGGACCUCGAGGAGAACAAGAUCGACGCGCUGCCGAGCGAAAUCGGUUUCCUGCGUGAACUCCAGCAGUUGGUGCUGCAGUCGAAUCAGCUGACCGCCCUGCCGCGCACGAUCGGACACCUGACGAAUCUCACAUUCCUCAGCGUCGGCGAGAACAAUCUCAACUACCUGCCGGACGAGAUCGGCACGUUGGACAAUUUGCAGGCCCUCCACAUUAACGACAACCCGAACCUGCUCAACCUGCCGUUCGAGCUCGCGCUCUGCUCGAAGCUCAUCAUAAUGUCGAUCGACAAUUGCCCGCUCUCGCAGAUACCGCCCGACGUGGUCGCCGAGGGCCCGUCCACCGUGAUACACUUCCUCAAGCUGCAGGGCCCCUACCGGGCGAUGUAAUCGUCGCCUCCGAGCCGAUGCCCACGUCUUUAUCCGAAUACGCCAAUGUCACCACGGAUGUCGAUUCUUAAUACCGUGACGGAGAGGGAAGGAGGGAGAGUGAGAGUGGCCGGGAACUGUUGAAUAACCACGCGCGAGAAGAGGUAUAUCUUCCGUACCGGGAUUGAAAAUCUUUGCCGACUUAAAUUUUCGCCCUGAUGAUGAUCUCACUCUUCGCGAGAAACGCGUGAAAACGCGCGCUGUACAAAACAAUUUAGAUUGCUUCCCCGCUUAGACGAGGGGCGGGGAAGGCGCACGUUCUCUCGGUGCGAAAGACGGAAUAAUAUGUGUAAUAUGCACAUACACACACACACAUGCGCAUAUAAAUAUGUAAACAUGAAAUUGGUGCUGAAUCGGAUAUUUUUCUUGCGGACAGAGAAAGAUACGAGUUUUGUGCAAUUUAUAAGAUAUUUUAGAUAUCUCACGCGCGUUUGAUAUCUCAUGUCAGUGACAUGUAACUUCAGCAACAUAAAAUUACAGAAGAAGCCGAUAUAUAAACUAUAUUUAUACGACUGUAUGUUUGUAAUUCUUGGUUCAUGUUGUGUAUUUGUGUACUUUGUUAAGGUUACGGCCGAUGUCGCCGAUGAUACUCGAACGUGUUGUGCCGGAAAUAUGUGUACGUUAUACAUAGCAUAUUUUUUGCGUAACGCAAUAAAGUAAGACGGAUUUUUCUUCCAUCGAAACGCGCGAAAACUCGAAAUUGUGCGCGAAUGCGCCGAAAGAUUCGCGCGUUGAACAUUUUCAAACGACUAUUACGUCUUUCUCCAUUUUCGUUGUGUCGAAGCAUUCGGUAUACGAAAGGAAAAUAGAUUUCUCUCGGCAUUACUGUGAGUUUGAAGGGAUUGUGAGAUAAAUCCUCACAUCGCUUUAUAUACAAAAUAAAGAUAUAUAUGCGGAAUAAAUUUUAUCGAUAUAACUGUAAUUCAAUAUCGUAAGAAAUAUCUUAAUGCGUCCUGCGAAUUGAUUCCUCGAGUUUAGUGAAACUAAAUUCGAGGUAGAUUCCGCGGGGAAAAAAGAUUUCGAUCUAUUUGGCGAAAUAAAACGCCAAUUGAAGAGCUGACGAAUUUUUUAAGCUAUAAUUAAGUUAUAAUUCCUUUACGAUAGACGAGAAAAUCACGUGGACGUGGAGCCCGCAUCCGUUUUGCGAAGGAACAUGAUAAACGUCCCAUCUACUCUGUGCAUACAUAUAAGUACAAACAAUCAAUACGAUAGAGAUACGAGGAUCUUUAAACGUAGUAACGAUUACAAAGAAAAAGAGAAAAAACACAUUAAGAAUCGGCAUCGAUGAUAUUGUUCCAUUGUAUUGUAUUGAUAAAAUGUUGAAACGUACUUCGUAUAUAAGCGAGAGAGAAGAAAGAGAUGAUAUUUUACUAAAGCGUUAAGUCGUGAAUUUGUGAAUAUACGCGAAAAUACGCAAAACAAACAUGUUGAUGCGCAUAAGUUCCCGUUUUACGGAUAUUAUACACACACAGUUAUAUAUAUAUAUAUAUGGGUUUUAUUUUGUUUUUUUUUUAUUUGUUCGUCGAUGUGUGUAUAUGUCACUUUACGAGACGAAAUACACCGUUGUCGAUCUGUAGAGACGUUCCACGGAAAGUUACUCUUCUAAAACAUUUCAACUGUAGCCGUUUAUCUAAUUCAGCGGACUGUAUUCUGAGGCUCGAACUUCCACGCCGGUAUUAACGUCGUUUCCAUUUCUUAUGCCGACAAAUCUAAACCGCCGCAAAACAAGCUAUAUAUAUAUAUAUAUAUGUAUGUAUAUAUAUAUAUAUAUAUACACACUACACUUAAUAUAUUUGUGAAAGUAAGAAUUAUCCAGAAGCAGAAGAUAAUCUAUGCACGAGAUAACGCUGUGUACGCCCGCACGAUAUCACGUUAAAUUUAGAUUUACUUUCAUUACGUAAUUUGCUAUAAUUAGCGACGAUUGUGUGCAAUUAUUCCUACGAGAUAGCACGGAAUAUCACGGAUAAUCGCACAACUUCGUUUAACCCAUAUUUCGUUUCUUUGUUCCUAUAUAGGAACAACAAAUUUUGCCUGUUUUCAAAAAUUGUUUCAUCUAUGAUAAAGAUAGAUUAUCUACUUAUUCUAGUUCAAAUCUUGUUACUGAAAUAUAGUUCGGACUUUUGUUUUUCAGAAAAUAAUUUCUCACUUGACCGGCAUUCAUCGCCUUUCCGACGGUAGGGUGAGGGUGAAAAAUAACUUUGCAAAACACUUUUUCAAUUUAUUCCUCCAACUUUUCAAUCGAUUAAUUGAAAAGGUAAAAAAAUUGAAAGAAACAAUGACGAGGUGUCAUUACCAAAAUUUUAUAAAAUUCUCCAGAAAGAAAAUGACGCGAACCUUUCUGCUGUUUUUUGUCUGACGUAACGAUAUAUAUAUAUCUUUCAUAGUUACGAUGAGAUUAAAACAAUGAAGCCAUUGUACUGUCUUGCGCUUUCAUUAGAUCAUAAAGGUUCGCUGCCAAAUGUAAACAUAAAGGAGAAAACAAAUUGAAGAAACAAAGAACGAAAUAUUGAGCUCUCUUGAGAUUAUAUUUUGCUAAGUUUCAUAGAGCGAUCCCCCCCUUCUCUCUCUCUCUCUCUCUCUCUCUCUCUCUCUCUCUCUCUUUUCUUUUUUCCCCUUUCUUAACUUUCUCUCAUAUCAACGUUGUUCUGCUCUUGACUAUGCACAAAGAAAUAGUGCCAAUAUAACUGUAAAAAGUUAUAUGUAUUAUAUAUGCAUAUAUGUAUAUCUUUAUGGGGAUAUUUGUAUGCACGUUUACAUAUACAUUACAGAAUAUGUGGAUAAGUAUUAUAUAUCGUACACACACAUACAUACACAGGCUCGUAUUUAACAUUAAUGCGCCUGUAAACACACAGAUCCUUAAUUCUUCUAGAAUCUUUGUAGCUUGUCGAUUUCCUCGUUUUACAUUAGCCUCUUCGUUUUUAUGUAUAUAUAUACGUAUGUAUUAAUAUAGCGUAGUUGUAUGUAUUAUUAUGUUACAUCGUCAUGAUUUUUGCGAAUGAAAUGCUGAGCCGAUUUGUUCUCGUGUUCGCGGUGGUUUUGCAGCGGUUUAUUAAAAAGUCGAGUCAAAUUAUCCGCUUAAUGCUGAACGUGGCUGUCUCUGAUUGAAUUAAAUUCAAUGGAAAUAAUGAUAAUGUAUGUAAGAAUUAGAAUAAGGCGGUAAGAUGAUAAUGAUUGUAUAAGAGAGGUGGUACAAUUAAUUUAAUUGAAAAUUAAUACAUAAAUUUGUUCGAGA